AUGGAAAUCGACGAGCAGCAGCUUUUAAGUUUCCAACGAUAUCUCUCACACGCUAAAAAAGUCUUGUGCAUCGUAGGAGCUGGUAUGUCUGCCAGCUCAGGCAUUCCAACCUACCAAUGGCAGAAGGGCUCUUGGCGUGGAUAUACGGCGCUGGAUUUGGCGACCCCAGAAGCCUUUCAAAAUAACCCGGGUCUUGUAUGGCUUUUCUACUCCAGUAGGAGGCUUGAAGCGCUGCGCGCCAGGCCCAACGACGCCCAUUUUGCACUUGCAGAAUUGUGUCGUAGAUUUCCCAGCGGAACCAAGCAAGACACAGCUUCUAGAAACUCAAAACAGGAGGGUUCCGCCCUAACAAGCAGGAGAGUACUGGUAGUUUCUCAAAAUAUGGAUGGAUUGCAUCAAAGGGCCGGUCAUCCGUUAGAUUCGCUGGUCGAGCUUCAUGGCAGUGUAUUUGGGCUCAAGUGCACACAAUUUUUCUGCAACUACCGUUCGUGCAACGACAGAGAUAGGUUCUUGACACCUGCACUUUACAAGAGCACUCCCCCCAGCGAUACGCCUAAAACCGUCCGGAAACGAAGGCGAAAUUCAGUUGAAAAUGCUUCAGCAGGUAACAAAAAACCCCGGUUGGCAGUGCAGGAGGAACAAAAAGAUGAAUUGCAACCGGAAUCCUUGUCUGAGGCUAUCAAGAGUGAGUCACAAGACGAAACUCCGCUUCCCACAUUAGACCCCAGUGACCUGCCGCGAUGCCCUGAAUGUCAUGAGGGACUACUACGGCCGGCUGUAGUAUGGUUUGGAGAAUCACUGCCACUUCACCAAAUGGAUGUCGUGGACCAGUUUUUCAAUGUGGGUGGACCUGUGGAUCUCGUUCUUGUGAUUGGGUCGUCCGGUAAGGUGUGGCCAGCCAUGGGAUACGUGGAACGUGCAAAGAAGUCGAAGAGUAAAAUUGCUAUAUUCAACACGACGAUCGAGGACCUCGAAGAGGUAAGAAAGGACAAAAACGUUUGGGGGUUUCAAGGAGAUGCAGCCAAAAUUCUGCCAAAAGCUCUCAAACCCUUGAUUGGCGAACAAUAUAGGCCAAGGAACGGGAGAGUACGAGGCGCAUUCUAA